UUACGUAUGCAACUUGUACGUCCUCGAUUUGUGUGAUCCCACACUCCUGCAAACUGGCAAGAAGACGAUUUCGCCUCCUUGUAAGGCGUUCUCCAAACACUGUUGCCAAGGUACUGGGCACUUGUGAUCUUCUUCCCGUCUCGUUGGGAGCUCAAAUUUUUGAAAGGCAUGACCAGGCUUAGCGUUUAUCACGUCAGGACAGGGAAGUGGGUACGCCAUGCGCAAAGGCACGCCACUUUCCGGGAAGGCAAUAUGCUGGUCGAGGAGUAUGAUCGCCUCUACGUGGUUUUCAAUGGCGAGAACCUGGCAGACAACACAGUCGCAGUCUUCCCGGACAGUAGUCCAACGAAGGCUCCCCGUGCUCAUGCUCCAAGUCCGGCCAAACACGAGGCGGCGACCCACUCAAAAGCUGUCUGUUCAUCGGAACCAUCAGGACAUGUUGUGGCCUGUUUCGACGUGGCAGACGAGGACAAGUUCCCUCGUAGCCAGUGGGAGGACGGUGGCGUGACAAAUGUUCGUGGAGCUACUUACGUGGAUAGGGAGCGCAAUCCGUCUCAUCUAAUUAGUCUACUCGAGAACUUUUGCAGAGUUGGGCAAACUGUUUUUUUCUUUGGGAAGGCGCAUGCGUCUAUCGUGUGGGAGCUCCUGCGCAACGGUCGGAACGUCGUUGCGUUAGAGGACGAGGCGAAGAUGAUUGAUUACCUUAACGAGUUCGUAAAGACACGCGUGGGGGACCCUCGCAACAAUUGCUCUUUUGUCCAUACCACCGGCGAACGAAACUGGGAUCCCAAACGUGACAUGUAUUGGAAAUUGUCGGGGAAUAAAAGGACGGAGGUUUGGGACUUCCUUUUCAAACCAGGACCACCUGCUCAGACCGACCUGGAAUACAAUAGACGGAGAAACCUGGUGUUCGGUGUGCUGAAUGGUUACCAUGAUGCACCCAGGGAGUCUAUCUCGAAUUUCAUGAGAAGGCUGGAGCACAUUUUCUUUUUGAUGGCCGAACCGCUGACCCUCGAAAACUACAAGGCGCAGUUUGACGAGGAGGACCCUUUCGACGCUAAUGACAUGGAGAAGCUGAGCGACUCUGAAACCUUCGGUUUCGAGUCCAUGCCACUUCCUCGGGUGGUUGCUCAGGUUGGUGAUGAAGAGGAAGGAAGCAAUGGAGGAGGAGACGAAGGAGACAGCGAAGGUGACGGAGGAGACGGCUCACGAUUUGUCAGAAAGGGGUCAGGCAAAACAUCCCCGGGAGAAAAGGCGUUCGGCGGAAAGGGGUCAGGCGGAAAGGGGUCGGGCGGAAAGGGGUCGGCUAGAAAGGGGUCGGGCAGAAAGGGAUCGGGCGGGAAGGGGUCGGGCAGAAAGGGUGGGGCGGAAAGCGUAGAACGUUCGUCUCGCAAAGUGCUGGAGGGGCCCGCUGCAGGAGUCUUGGAGACCGGGGGUGGCGAGUAUGAACAUCAUGCUUCGGAGGGUGUAUCCGUCGACGUUGAGAGCAAGAGUACAGCAGCUCCUGGGGAAGAGGAGCUCUCUCCGGGAGCGCAUGCUAUACAGCGGGAAGAGGAGACUCAACACUGGCAGUCUCGCAAAGUGUUGGAGACCGAGGGUAGCGAGCAUGAACGUCAUACUUCGGAGGGUGCAUCGGGGGAAGCGCAUGCUCUGCAGCGGGAAGAGGAGAUUCAACACUGGCCGGCUUGCGAAGUGCUGAAGGGGCUCGACUCAGGAGUGCUGGUGACCGAGACGUCCGAAGAGGUUCUGCACAGUCGAUCGGCCGUAGCCACGACGCGAGAGGGUGUCGUUAAGGGAGGUCAAUGGACGUUCAUGGAAGCUCGCCUUCUUGGCGAUGAGGAAGGCAAAGAAGAACCCGUUGUGGAAGCUCGGGUUCAUGGCGAUGAAAAAGGCGGAGAACCCGUGGUGGAAGGCAGUGAGGUGGCGGUCGGCAUCCAGAUGGAUCCAAAGCAGAAAGAUCAUGAGGCUUCGCCCACCCGUUGCGGUGAAGAACAGGGUGAUCGAGCGUCUCUCCUCAGUACCGGUCGGGAAAUGGUACUUCAUGAAGCCAUGGAGUUGCGUAGCGACUCAGCUGACGAAGCAGUUUGUCAAUAUGGUCAAAAAGCAAAACUGGAUCUCCCGGAGCCCAAGGUGGUUGUUCAUGGUGUCCCUCAACAGUCGGACGAGUCGAGCUGCGGUGUUUUCAUGCUCGCCUUUGCUUUUUUCUUGCACGUGGCCAUCCGCCACCAUUUUCGAUAGCCCAAAGCGACAUUCCAACAUCAGGCUGAGGAUUGAGGUGGACAUACUCCAAGACUCAGAAUAACACCCCUGUUUUUAAAAUACGUGAAGUUUUUUAUUCGAAAGGCCAUAAGCACAAGUGCGAAUCUGUUCCUACUUGGUCUUGCAGUCGGCCGGUUCAAGUUGUGCUGUUGUUUUGAUGAGGUAGCGGAUUGCACUGGACGUUUUGAUCAAGUAAAUGCUUAGGUGCCGA